ACUAUAGCUUUUGGUCCUUCUCUGCAACCUUUUGGCUACCUUGUGGAAGCACAGAGGUUUGUUCUUAGCCCAAUGCAUCAGAGUUUGACAUUCACAGUCCACCACCAUUCACCGGCAGCAUCAGGCCAAUCUUCUCACGCUGCCUGCCUGGUUACCUAUCCUCACACCCAAACGACUUAACUGGGAUUAUCCCCUGAGCUCUGCAGUCUCCAUUGGACGAAAGAACGGUCUGAAAACCUGCAGCCUCAUGUCUGGUACGUUUCAAAACCUUAACAACACAGCAUCCACUACAAAGGCUUGUUGAUUUACGCCUUCAAUGUAUUCUCCCGUAUGCCAUAAACACCACCCUUUCUGACGACAGUGCUAUGCACAUCAUUACCUGCUUGGCACUGUUUACACAAGUCCAUCCAAAGUCAAUGGAAAGGUGAUGAGUCAGGGGUGUAAAGGCACCACCAUAUCAUUUUAAAUGAGCAGGGUUUGUUUCUAUGGUCCCUGCUCUGUUGGUAUGCAUUGUGCAUAUCCAUACGGUGUACAUCUUCAUUAUAGCAUUAUUGUUGUUAUUGUUGUUACCAGUAUUGCAAAACUGCAAUGAUCUCCAGCGCGUAAGCUUGAAACAUGGGAGCCGCUUCUGUCAGCCAAUGCAACGGUUCUUCCCCCCUGAGGAUAUUGUAAAUAGUAAUUAAAAUAUCUGCCACAAAAACAGCCCUGUUGGAUUGUUUAAGUCAGGCCAAAGUGAGAGACUGCAGAGAGGAUGGGCUUCUCUUUAAAGAGGAGACAUGCCAGCCGCUGCAUUGAAACACAUUCAUUUUGAACCAGAACUGACCUCUUGAUGAGCGGCAGAAACUCAGAGGGCAGAGAGGGAUUCGCUGACCAUGUGUUGGAGGACGGAACAUGUGCCGGCCUCAUCCGUGGGCAUUAGCGCAGCCUGUUUUAAUUAGGCCAGGUCUGAAGCAGUAAGACGGUUUUAAGUGUUGUCAAAAACCCAGGAUUAUGACCUCUGAUCUCGAAGACAUCUGAUUGGCGGAGAAGGUCUUUGUUCUUGUCAUCACUGGGGUGGGGAGAGCACCAAGUGAAUGGAGACGGCAAAGGUACAAAUACAGGUGCGCUAGGAGCUGAGCUGACUGAGAGAAGGCGAGAGAGACAAGAAGCAAUGCAUCUGAGUACAAGGUCGAACAGAACCAUGUCUCUCCUCUUGGGCGUUUUCUCUGCCUUCUGUCUCCUGGGAGCAGCUCUCGGUCAGGACGUGACCUACGAGGACUACCUGGCCCAGAUCAAGGCUUGCCCUCGCGAAUGCCACUGCCCGCGCAACUUCCCCAGCAGCGUCUACUGCGACAACAGAGAGCUCAAGCAGAUCCCCAACAUCCCGCCGCACACGCUGUACCUCUACCUGCAGAACAACCUCAUCGAGUCCCUCUCCAAGGAGGCCUUGAGCAACGCCACGCAACUCCGCUGGCUCAACGUCAACCGCAACCGGAUCACCGACGAAGGCAUGGCAGAGGGGGCUCUGGAGGCCAUGCCACAGCUCCUGCAGCUCUACAUGGGCGACAACCUGCUGACCUCCGUGCCGGUCGGCCUGCCGUCCAGUCUGGAGCAGCUCCAGCUCUCCCGCAACCGCAUCUCCAAGAUCCCGGCGGGGGUCUUCUCGGGGAUGGACCGGCUCAGCCUGCUGGACCUCCAGGGGAACAAGCUGCUGGACGACGCCGUGACGGAGGUGAGCCUCAAGGGGCUCGGCGGCCUGGUGCAGAUGAACCUGGCCAAGAACCAGCUGAGCAGCAUGCCGACGGGUCUGCCCCCCAGCACCACGCAGCUGUUCCUGGACGGAAACAACAUCCAGGUGAUCCCCUCGGAGUACUUCAAGGGCCUGCCCAAGGUGGCGUUCCUCAGGCUCAACGGCAACAAGCUGAGCACCGGCGGGGUUCCCAGGGACGUCUUCAACCUGUCCAGCCUCCUGGAGCUGCAGCUGUCCCACAACCAGCUGACCGAGGUGCCCUUCAUCUCCGCCGGCCUCGAGCACCUGCACCUGGACCACAACCAGAUCAAGAGUGUGAAUGGCUCCGACAUUUGCCCGGUGUCAGCCGAAGCGUUGGAAGACUAUGCUAACGCGAGCCCUCCCAAACUGCGUUACCUGCGUCUGGACGGCAACGAGAUUCCCCCUCCGAUUCCCAGAGACGUCGUGACGUGUUUCCGUCUGCUCAGGUCCAUUGUCAUCUGAAGGAAAACUCGCCAAAAAGAAACGUGCAAAAAAAAACAGAAAUAAUAAAGCUGACUUUACAAUUGAUUGUAUAUUCAAACUAGAUCUUUGUGGGCAAAACAUUGUGAUACCAACUGGUCCGAGGUAUCCCUAGUCAGGUACAGUAAUUCAGGCAAAGUUCCCUUUUAUUUUUAGCAUCUUUUGUCAAACUUUACAAUCAAGAAAUAAUAUUUUGCCGGACUGAAAUCACCUUUCCGGAAAACUCCAGUACCAUGUUGCGUACCACUGUGCCUUGUAUCCUUGUAAUGGUGUUAGCGUCAAUAGAUUGUUAUGGUGACGUUGUCACAGAAAUGUUAAAACUAUGCCAUUGACAAAAUAUAUAUUGUAUUUAUACAAUAUAUGCAUCUACAUUAUGAAAGAAAUUAGUCGUUAAUAGAUAAAUAAUAAAUUGCAACCAAUGUAGGUUCAACAUGGUUGAUUGAAAUAUAACUUGCAACCUGUGAAAUAAUGUCAAUAUGUAUUUAUUUGAAGAUUUUGUUCAAGUGCUAUUGUGUAGAUCUGCUUCUAUCAAACUCUGUAAUUGAAGAAAAAAUAUAUAUGUAUAUAUAUCCCUUGGGUAUUUGACUAAAAUAAAUCUCCCAGUACCAAA